AUGCCUACCUCUGCCGGACGCUCACUCCGCCAGUGGGUACAUUCUACCCAGCCGAAGUUAGGUUCUGGAGACGUGGGUAUCCAAUCGCUCCACGCACGGAUCUUUUCCGAGCCCGUUCCUUCUGGAUCCAUCGAGGCUCUCGUGUACCGCAGCCGCGGUCCAACCGGCACCGUCGGCGAUAGAUCUACGUCGAAAAGGUCGGCGGUGCGCUGGAUUAGCGUGUCGAGCGUCGGCGGCACCGUGGGCGGGCCGACAACGGUUGACGACCGUCGGUGGGUUUCUGAGGCGAGUGUGGGUCAAUCACCGCCGUCGGCAGCUUGUCGCGGGUCUGGCGGCGGGGUCUGCCUCGUAGGCCACGUCGUCGAUAGCGUGGGCGUCGUGCCUCUUGUGCGCGGAGGCGAUUCGAUGCGUGCGGCCUUCGAGGCCGCCGACAACCCCGACGACGCCGACGAAACUGCCGUCACCGUGGCUGAGAUGCCCACGGUGCUCGAGGAGCCGCCGAUCGCGGGUCAGGGCGCUCCCUCCGUCGACACCGUGGCUACUAUGCUCACGGCUGUCGAGGAGCUGUCAGAGGCCGCGUCGGCCGCUUCUGUGACCGAUCCUCUCCCGCCGGCGGCCACUGCCGUCGUUGUCGCCGCCGAUGCCGCUCCCGCGACUCCGGCGGAACUUCGAGGUGUUUCGCUCGGCACCUUCCCCAGUGCUGCGGCGGCCAAAGCCUAUCGCAUUGGGCAGAUGCGCCGGGAGGACUUGGACGUCUUCGCCGAUCUGGAGACGGAAGUGGACCUCACGGAGAGCGACGUCGAAUACCUCAACAACUUUGAGGGGAAACGGCGCAUUUGUCGUCGGCGGCCUCCACCGGAUGCGCCAGGAACAAGCUCCGAGUCGUCGGUCGCUCGCGCCCGGCCCUAUCGCAUUGGGCAGAUGCGCCGGGAGGACUUGGACGACUUUGCCGCUCUGGAGACGGAAAUGGACCUCACGGAGAGCGACGUCGAAUACCUCAACAACUUUGAGGGGAAACGGGCGAAGGGGAAAACCGGCAAAGGAACGAUUGUGAAGAAGUCAGCUGGUUCCUACCGGGUGAAGCUUCGCGGACGACAUCUCGGAUUACGCAACACCUUGGACGCAGCUAGGGAGCUUUUGCAAGAGGCAGUCCGACAGGAGGAGGAAGAAAAGACUCGACUCUCGUUACUGGCGCGCCCGGCGGAGGCCGCCGACGACAAAUUUCUCGUUCGUGGAUCGACCGACGAGGGCUUCCCAGAACCCUCGUCGCAUGGUCAUCGCGAUAAGGCAAGGCAAGGCUAUCCUCUCGCCUUGAACAAGUUGCUGCACAAGCAUAUCCUCCAGCUCAACGAAGGCGAGACUUGCGUGGACCACAUCAACGGCGACAAGCUCGACAACCGACGCGCGAGUCUUCGGGGAACGACUUAUGGCACCAAUGCAAGGAACAAAAUUCCUAGGAGUAACACGGGCUAUCUGAGCGUCAGCGAAGUCCAAGGAGAUUCCGGUGUCUUUUCGGCCAAGUCGGUAGCACUCAAUGGCCACCUCGAGUGCAAAGAAGUAGACUCCGGCGAGCAGCUCCGCCAUAAGCCGCAGGACGAUUUCCUCGGAUCUGAUCACGAGGCGAUGGCCAAGCAAGAGCUGCGGCGGCUUUGGAAUCUGUGA